AUGCUUUGUACAGCUAAAUUUCACUCGAUGAAAAACCCAUUAAAAGCUGUUUUAUGUUUUGUAUUUUACAGUGGAUGUUUAUUAACAAUAUUAUUAGUUAUUCUCAUCGUUCUUAUUAUUGUUUGCAUAAAAAUACGUUGUACUCAACGAAAAUCUCAUCGACGUUAUUUAUAUGGUACUGGUAUAAAUCCGGAUGAAAAUGAAAAAGAACCAUAUAGUGAUAAUCUUCUAAAUCGAACUUAUCAAAAACUUCAACCAAUUGAAUCAAAUAUGACCGAUUCAUCACCAUUAAUAACCAUUCCAAUACGUUCUUAUAUAGAUUAUUUGCAAUUAUGUUAUUAUUAUUAUUCUUAUGAUCCAUCAUUAAUCAUACCUUCAUAUGAUACACCAAAAGAAAAUUUAAAACAUGAAAUUAUUGAUCAAUUUCAAUUAUUAUUUGAAAAUAAUGAUCAAUUUAUUGAAUACGUUUAUAAAAUAUUACUCAAAUCAAAUAAUAAUAAAAGACUUCUUAAUAAUCUUAUAUUAACACAAAGAUAUCAUUUUAAGAAAUUAUUACAAUUUAAUAAUGAUUCUAUUUAUUUUAAUGUAUGUAUUCUAUUAGCUUAUGAUGGAUUUUUAACAAAUCAGAUAAGUUCUUUAUUUUUUCAACUUUAUUAUCAAUUAAAAUAUAAAAUUCAUUCGGGUCCUAUUGAUGCUAUUGAACAAACAUGUUCAUAUUAUUCAUUAAAUAACACAACAAUAUUAAAUGAUCAAUCAACUAUAUUUAAUUCUAUUCAAAUAAUUGUUCAUAUCGAUUUUAAUAAUUCAGAUGAUUUAUUAUUAUUAAAUGUAACAUGUUUAACAUGUGAUACAAUAACACAAGUUAAAGAAAAAAUUCUUCAUCAAUUAGAUUUAUAUAAAAAAAUUAAUUCUAUAUCAAUAAACGAAUGUCAAUUAUAUUUAUUAACAAAUAUUAAAUCAAAUAAUAAUUCAUUUUCAACAUCAUCAUGUUCAUCAUCAACAACAUCAUCAUCUAAUGUACCAUUAGCAAAAAAAUCUAUGUUAACACAAUUUUUUUUUAAUCGUACAAAUAAAUAUUCAACAACAACAACAACAACAUUAAAUGAUUCAUAUAGAGAUUCAAUUAGUUUAUUACUAAAUGAUAUUGAUAAUACAAAUGAACAAAUAAAUCAUUGUCAAAAAUUAAAUACAUUACAACAUUAUGGAAUUCUUAAUGAUGGUUAUGAAUUGAAAAUUAUUUUACCUUAUCGAAAUAAACAAAUGAAUUAUGUUAAUCAAUCAAAUAAUAGUCCAAAUCUAAGAAGAACACUUCAUCGUAAUAAUUUUGAUUGUCAAUAUUGCACAACUGAUCUUAAAAAUACCUUUAGUUAUAUAACAUCUUUACCAUUAUCAUCUAAUUCUAUUGGAUUAUCAUUAAGUGAAAAUGAUCGAACACGUUAUUUUCAUUUAUUAAAUCAUACAUAUGAAGAAAUAGGUGAAUGUGAUCAUUUAUUAAUGGAUAAUAAUCAUAGUAAAACUUAUCGUUUAUUUGAAACAAAAUCAAUAAUACAUUCAGUAUUAAUAAAUCUUAUUGAAACAUUAUUUACAAAUUUUCUUCAUAGUGAUACAUAUUUAAGUGAAUUAAUUGAACAAUAUUCACGGUUUUUACAUAUAUUCUAUGGACAUUUUAUUCCAUUGAUAUUACAAAAUUUAAAUUGUUUAUUUGAUAUAACAAUUGAUAAAUGUUUAAAGAGUUCAUUAGAUAUUCUAGCAACUAUUUUUCAAAUAGCUUGUUCUUGUCAAUCAAAUGAAGAAAAUUGUCUAUUAUGUAUAGAAUUAACAAAUAAUCAUAAUACAAAUUUGAAUAUAAACACUCAAAAUUGUACAUUAUUAUUUGCUGAUGAAAUUCAACGUGUUCGUUUACAUUAUUCAAAUUUAGAGCGGCGUUUAAAUAAUAAAAAUUCAAAAUCUGAAUAUUCAUCAACUAAUACAGGUAUUAAUAAAAGAUUUGAUUUAGAUCAUUCGAUAAUUCAUGAUCUUAUUGAAUAUUUAUGCUUACAUGUCGAAGAGAUUACUGAUCUAUUGAAAAAUCGAUCAUCCGAUAAUAAGAAUUUAAUCAUAUUUUUCAAUCUCGUCCAAAUGUAUCGAUCGACUGGAAGAACUUGA